CAUCAACUGGAAAAGCAAAUUAUUGUUUACGAAAAAAUACUCGAAUGUGUUAAUUACAAAAAAAGUUAUUAAUAAUUUAUGAUAUUCAAGUGACUUGAUUCCUUCCUCGAGUUAGUGCGAUUGGUAACGGUUCUGCCGGAGGGUAAAUCGAUUAUUUUACCGAAAAUCGCAUCGGCAUGAAUAAUAGUGUGUACGAUGUACCGAAUAACAAUCCAGGCACCUACUGCCGGCUGUGUUUUUCGCAGACCAAGGUUGUGCCAAUAUUUCCGCUCGGAAGCAAUCACAACCAGAAGUUGAUCAACCAAGUGUAUCAGUGGACCGGUGUACAAAUCAACUAUCAAGAGGAUUUCACUUGUGCAAUCUGCUGGAAAUGCACGGUAUAUUUGGAAGAAUUUCAACGCUUUUGUGAUCGUUGCCGAAAGAACGAUUGGAUUGUCAAACAGAAACGCACUGACCAAAUACGGCAGGUCCAGAAGAGCGAAAACUCACAGGAAAAUAGUGGAAAUCAAAUGGACGAUAGGCGUUUUGGAUAUAUGUACCCAUUGAUGCAACCCGCCCUGGGAUAUGAAUUUCGACUACCAAACGAAACUCGUGAACGACCGGGACCAGAACAUCCUAGAACUCUUCCGCGAGUUUUUCAUGAAGCUGUCCAACCUCCGGUCAGUCAUGUAACUAAGUCUGAAUCUCGCAUAGAUAUUGACACAGAGUUUAAACAUGUUCUUCCGGUGGAACGAUUACCGGAAGAACUUGUUAACAUGCUGGAUUUACCGGCUUCAUCUUCAAAACGACCUGCAACUAAAAAUGAAGUUGUAGGCUCCGGAAACAGUAGCACCGGAGAUGUAAAACCUCCUAAACAGCGCAGCAGUCAAUAUCAGAAAAUAGUCGAAUCCGGUGGCGUACAAUGUCCCAUAUGCAAGAAGCCUUACACCACGGACAAAAAUCUGAAAAAACAUCUUCGCUUACACACGCUCUCAUUACCGUUCACCUGCAACGACUGUGGAGCCAAGUUUUCCGAGCGUCGGGAUUUCCAAAAGCACCAAGAACGAUAUCAUGGUCCCAAUGCAACUGCUUCCGUAUCGGAAAUCUUCCACUGUGAGUUCUGUUCCAGAGUUUUCACCCGACAGCGAGACAUGACCAAGCAUUUACGUCUCUUUCAUGAGCCACCUGAAGAUGCCAAGCUGGGGAACGUUAAUUUGUAAUGAUUUGGUAUUUAAGCAAAUUGCGCAACUUAUGCAAAGAUGGGAAAAAAUAAUGGAAUGAUCUCAAUAUCUGCUAGGAAUGGCUUGAUAACCUAGGCACAAAACGGAGUUCACACCUGAAAAUUUGAUCAGUUCUAGAGUUAAU